UCUAUAGCUAUUUCUGUUUUCUAUACCGAAAAUUCCUGUUUAAACCCAACAUCUAAAGAAUUCACUAUAUAAAGGCCUUGAAAUCACACAAAAACAAUAUGUGGUGGGUGAAAUUUGCCAUUGUGUAUUUUGAAUAUCUCCCCCUCUUCAUCUUCCAGCAGUAAGCAACUAAAUCAAUAUUUCUGGAAAUCUUGAAAUUUGAAUUCUUUUCUAGAUUUCAUUUCACCUCUAGGUAAAAUUGAGCACUGGGCAUAUCCACUUCAAUCAGGGGCCGGAUGUGCCAGCAUAUACUAAUGGGGGAGCCAGCACCUCAAAAGCUAAGAUCUCCUACACUGUGAGAGCAGCUUUUAUCAACAUCAUUCAUCACUGUAUAUAAUUCAAACUCUGUUACUGACAAGGGAGGAGUGUCAGGUGCUGUGGCACAGCCAAGAAACUCCCCAUGACUUUGGAGGGGCAGUCUAGAAGAAAUCAUCUGGGACAUUAGUACCUUCUCCAUAUGACAUGCAGGGACAGAAGAUGUCCCAAGAGACACUAGCUAUGUCCUCUGAACUGCUAGCUAAUCUGAAGGGGACCUGAACAGCCCCUAAAUCACCUGUGGGACUUCUAAGGAAGAGGGGUCAACAAGCGGUCCCAAUGAUGCAACCUGCUGUGAUGAUGUUCUCUAGCAAGUUCUGGACUCAGCGAGGAAUAUCUUUGGAUUCAGUUAUGUUUGACCAGCAACACCUUGGAGCCUUCAUGGUGAGUACUGAACAAGUGCUAAUGUAUGGUUCUGAACUGGAUGCUGACCAUCCUGGCUUUAAAGACAAGGUGUAUUGGCAGAGGAGGAAGUACUUUGUGGAGGUUGCAAUGAACUACAAAUUGUUCAAAAAGAGGACGUAUGGUCACCCUACCAUUGCAGAGAGGUCAGGGUUUACCGUACGACCUGUAUCAGGUUAUCUUUCACCACAAGACUUCCUGGCUGGUCUGGCGUAUCGAGUUUUUAAUUGCACUCAGUAUAUACGUCACAUCACAGACCCUCUCUACACACCAGAACCGGACACCUGCCACGAACUGCUGGGUCAUGUAUCACUCCUGGCAGAUCACAAGUUUGCUCAGUUUUCACAGGAGAUUGGACUUGCCUUUCUUGGUGCUUCAGAUGAGGAUGUGCAAAAGCUAGCAACAUGCUAUUUCUUUUCAAUUGAGUUUGGCCUGUGUGAACAGGAUGGCCAGUUGAGAGCCUAUGGAGCAGGUCUACUGUCUUAUAUUGGAGGGUAUGAACAUGCACUGUCUGAUAAAGCAACAGUGAAGAUGUUUGAUCCCAGAACCACGUGCUACCAGGAGUGCCUCAUUACAACAUUUCAAGAGGUUUAUUUUGUCUCUGAGAGUUUUGAAGAGGCAAAAGAGAAAAUGAGGGAAUUUGAUAUAAUAAAGAGGCGUUUUUCUGUCUGCUGCAACCCGUACACUUAGAGCAUUGAUUUACUGAAGGACUCCAGGAGCAUUGAAAUUGUGAUGCAAGAUCUACGCUGCAACCUAACCACUGUCUGUGACGCCCUGGGAAAAAUGAACACAUACCUUGGGAUCUAGAGCCUAAGUUAACAAUGCAUCCAC